GUUUAAGUACUCCUGCUUAUGAAGGGGAAAGGCAUUGUUUUCUAAUGCAUUUAUUCAUUAGUUUGAUUUAAUACACUAAACCUUGCUGGAAUCUUGCCUACUUCAUUACCACACUGCACACAUGUACUUUAGUCUGUUUCAGUGUAAACUGCUUAUUUCUCUUGCUACAGAAUCCUGGCAUUCCUUCUUAUCCAUGAACCUGCUUCGGCCCCCUGUUCCACCCUAAACUCGUGCCCAUCACAAGACGCUCUUGUUCAGUUAAUUCUGCCCUUGAUGUCCCCAAUCAGCUGCUUUUCCCUCAGGCUUUGCGGCAGGUUUCACCCGUGACUAGGUCUCCUGGCAAAUGAAGGCGAAUGGAUAGAACAGACGAGAAAAUGAGGCACACAGCUGUGUGUGUUCGCCUGCUUAAUGCCGGAUAGGAGCAUAUGUGUGUGUGCUUGUUUUAAGUAUGUACAUCCCAGUAUCCAUUGCCACAAAUGCCCUUAUGUGCCUGACCUUAGCUCUUCUGAACUCACACAUGCAAUGAGGACUGCUGAUAUAAAGGUAAUAGGUAAACUGAUUUGUUGCAGAAGAGAGGUUACACUUUCAGUCAGGUUACCUCAAUCAGAAUGCAAAGGUCGCUGUUAUACUCCACUAACAGACAAGGUCUUUGUUAUCCUGAUUGAGGAGUGCUAAAGGUCCUUUUGUUUCAUAUUUGUCUGGAACAGUCAGAAGGGUAUAUGUCCUUCACCUUAAAGUGUGCUGUGGUGUUUUUAACUUUUGUCUUGGAAAAUAACAUAGUUGAGAAACAUUUCUAUUUAGAGGGUUUCAGGAGGUCGCCUGAGAUUAAUUGCGCUGACAUUAAUUAUGUAUGCAAGCAGCACGUGGAAACCUGUUUCUUCACCUCAUAGAUGUGUCAGCCUCCUGACUUAAAAAAUAGAGGUCUGAUUCUGUGAAAGUGUGGGUGAGGCGCUAUGGUACUGCCGAAAGAACCGUAAAAAACUGCUUCUUAUGCUUUUUGGAAUUCUGCCAUAUAUUUUUUUUUUUUUUUACAGAGUUGUGCAGAAGGGGGGUGCAUAUUCCCAGGUUCCAAGUUUCUUUCACUCUUAUUGGUCUUGGCUUCUGAUUGGCUGAGAGAGCCAUGCCUCUUAGACCAGCCCCCUUAUUGGUUACUGGUUAACAGCUCUUCUGUUGUUUAUCUGUGCGUGUCCCAAAUCUGGCAGCGUCGGCUGCUUCUACACCCAGAUGGAAGCCAGCUGAAGCUUACUGGCACCCUCCCCCCCCAUUUGGCUAACCUACUGAGACACAGGCCUUGGACAGUAAAACUUAGGAACUUCUACAUUGUUUAGCUGGGCACAGCAUUGCCUAGUAACAUUAACUGUGCUAUUCUUGGGUGGAAAAAAAGGUGUGCUUAGUUGAAGGAAGAAGAGGCCUCCUUGAGGCCUUCCCUCUCUGUUUUCCCUUCCCCUUCUCCCUCGUCCCUCCCUCUAAAGACCAUGUUUUCCUUGGCUGCCCUGAAGCUGUGUGAACUGUGCCGAAUCGUGGGGGAAAGGAGAGCCGUGUUCACGGUGCUGUCGGGGAAGAGGAGCUCUGCGCAGGUGAGGGAGAGGCUGAAGAGGGAUGUGGCGGAGAUGAAGAAGCAGUUUCCAAGCUUCCGUCCUGGUCUUGUAGUGCUACAGGUGGGGGACAGGGAGGAUUCUAACCUGUACAUCAGCAUGAAGUUGAAGGCUGCUGCCGAGAUUGGAAUCAACGCCAAUCACUUGAGGCUGCCAAAAACUACUACUGAGGAUGAGGUCCUGCGGAGCAUUGCAGAAGUGAACAAGAACCCAGAUGUGCAUGGUCUCAUCGUCCAGUUGCCUCUGGACUCCAUCAACCGUAUUAACACUGAAAAGGUCACCAACGCUGUGGCACCAGAGAAAGACGUGGAUGGUUUGACCAGUAUAAAUGCGGGGAAGCUGGCCCGUGGGGAUCUGGGUGACUGUUUCAUCCCCUGCACCCCCCAGGGCUGCAUGGAACUCAUCAGGCAGACAGGUGUGCCAGUGGUAGGGAAGAAUGCAGUGGUGAUUGGGCGCAGCAAGAUUGUGGGGGCGCCCAUGUAUGACCUACUGCUGUGGAACCAUGCCACCGUCACCACCUGUCACUCCAAGACCACUGAUCUGGCAGCCGAGGUGAGCAGGGCAGACAUCCUGGUCGUGGGAGCUGGCAAGGCAGAGAUGGUGAAGGGGGAGUGGGUAAAAAAGGGUGCAGUGGUCAUCGACUGUGGCAUCAACUAUGUGCCAGAUAGUAGCAAAUCCAGUGGAAAACGGAUGGCAGGAGAUGUCCACUACGCCUCUGCCAAAGAUAGAGCAGGGUUCAUCACCCCGGUACCAGGAGGUGUGGGCCCCAUGACUGUUGCAAUGCUUAUGCAGAACACAGUAGAGAGUGCCAAGCGCUUCCUACAGACAUACCGGCCAGGGAAGUGGAACAUCUCUUACAACAAACUCAACCUGCAGAAUCCAGUGCCGAGUGACAUUGCUAUCUCUCGCUCCUGUCCACCUAAACCCAUCGAUCAACUCGCCCAGGAAAUCGGUCUUCUCUCUGAUGAGCUCGAGAUGUAUGGCAAGACCAAAGCCAAAGUGCAGCUGUCCACCAUCAAGCGCCUGCAAACGCAGGCUGAUGGGAAAUACCUGGUGGUGACUGGGAUCACACCCACCCCACUGGGUGAGGGGAAGAGCACCACCACUGUGGGGCUGGUCCAGGCACUGGGGGCGCACCUCAACCUAAAUGUCUUUGCUUGUGUCCGCCAGCCCUCACAAGGUCCCACUUUUGGGAUCAAAGGAGGUGCUGCUGGUGGUGGUUAUUCCCAAGUCAUCCCUAUGGAAGAGUUCAACCUCCACCUCACUGGUGACAUCCACGCCAUCACAGCUGCUAAUAACCUGGUGGCGGCCGCCAUCGACGCUCGCAUGUUCCAUGAGGCCACGCAGUCUGACAAGGCCCUGUUCAAUCGGCUGGUUCCCCUGAACGAUGGCCAGAGGAUGUUCUCCCCCAUCCAAGUCAACCGGCUGAAGAGGCUGGGAAUUGACAAGACUGACCCUAGCACCCUGACAGAGGAAGAGGUGACCCGUUUUGUGAGACUGGACAUCAACCCAGACACAGUUACCUGGCAAAGAGUGAUGGACACCAAUGAUCGCUUCCUGAGAAAGAUCACUGUUGGCCAGUCUCCCACAGAGAAGGGCUUCACCAGGACGACCCAGUUUGACAUCUCUGUGGCCAGUGAGAUCAUGGCUGUCCUCGCGUUGACCAGCGACAUGGCGGACAUGCGGCAGCGCCUGGCCAAGAUGGUGGUGGCCACCAGUCGAAGUGGCGAGCCUAUCACAACUGAGGACCUGGGUGUGAGCGGCGCUCUGACUGUAUUGAUGCGUGACGCUAUCAAGCCCAAUCUGAUGCAGACAUUGGAGGGGAACCCGGUGUUCGUACAUGCUGGCCCUUUCGCCAACAUCGCCCACGGCAACUCCUCCAUCCUGGCUGAUAAAAUAGCAUUGAAACUGGUGGGCCCAGAAGGAUUUGUAGUGACUGAGGCAGGGUUUGGGGCUGAUAUCGGUAUGGAGAAGUUCUUUGACAUCAAGUGCCGGUAUUCAGGCCUGCGACCGCACGUUGUGGUCCUGGUUGCCACAGUGCGGGCACUCAAAAUGCAUGGAGGUGGACCCACAGUCACUGCUGGUGUUCCCUUGCCGAAAGAAUACACUGAAGAGAACCUGGAGUUGCUGGAAAAAGGCUGCAAUAACCUGAGGAAGCAGAUAGAGAAUGCCAAAACCUUUGGGGUUCCUGUGGUGGUGGCCGUCAACACCUUCAAGACAGACACAGACUCUGAGCUGGAUCUGGUCUGCAGCCUAGCCAAGGCAGCAGGGGCAUUUGAUGCAGUGCGCUGCACACAUUGGGCUGAAGGGGGCGCUGGUGCGGUGGCCUUGGCCAAGGCAGUGCAGAGGGCAGCGGAAGCACCUAGUGACUUCAAGUUUCUUUACGAUGUUGAGCUGCCCAUCAUUGACAAGAUCAGGAUCAUUGCACAGAAAAUCUAUGGUGCAGAUGAUGUUGAGCUACUUCCAGAAGCCCAGCACAAAGUGGAGCUGUACACCAAGCAGGGAUUUGGAAAUUUGCCCAUAUGCAUGGCAAAGACCCACUUGUCACUGUCCCAUGACCCAGAGAAGAAGGGGGCCCCCACUGGAUUUGUGCUGCCCAUCCGAGACAUCCGAGCCAGUGUUGGAGCCGGUUUUCUUUACCCGUUAGUGGGCACGAUGAGCACUAUGCCUGGGCUGCCCACCAGACCUUGUUUCUACGACAUUGACCUGGAUCCAGAGACUGAGCAAGUUGACGGCCUCUUCUGAGAGGAACUCACCUGGAGACCAUUGCCACACAGGGCCAGACCACUGUGCUGUAGAACUUUACCAAGAUGUGAUGGACCACGCCCCAUUCAAUAACUGGAACAAAAGGGGGGGGGUGGACAAGUAGGAACAUCGUUUCUCCAGUGGACCACCUCUCCUUAUAAAGCAGUUACCAUUCUGAGUUCAACCUAUACUACAAGACUGUCAGAUCUCCCUCCUGGUUAUUCGGUAGCAGAAUUUACCCGUUCCUUUCAUUAACUGCCUCUUUGUUCUCUCUUCCUGCCAACUUGCCCAAUGACUGAACUGACUGUUGUGAACUGUACUGAAACAGACAUUUGAAAAUUCUGGUUUGGUCUUUUAUAUCAAAAUGCUAAUAAACUGUGGGCCCUUUGGAACUGGA